UUAAACAUCCGAUCAUUUACGGAUCUUCCGGGUUCGAUAUAUAGGAUAACAAUGUUAAGGGAUGUCAAAAUGCAAAAUAUUUCUUCCUGUAUUUCGCAACAUGGCGAACACAUCACCUCGUAUAUAACUGGCGUAAUUUUAAAGACUCUUCAGUUUAGUCUCCAUAAAGAAUACUAUGUACAUCGUACGACAAUUUAUUUCUGUGUUUACGACGACCGCCAUUGUGGUCAUUCUUGCGAUAACAAACGGUGGAAACGCGACUUUACCCGAAACCAUAAAAUGGACCGGUGGAAACUUCGAGUGGCCUUGUCCAACCACCAAGAACAUGUUCAAAAGUAGUGGAAAAUACAUUUCGAAAAACGUAAUCGCGACCAGGGUCGCGCUGUAUACCAACAACGCCAUUGUGGCCCUUCCCAGGUACAAAUCAAAGAAUUCCAAUUUCGAUCCUUCAGACUCAGGAAACUGCUCGAUGAAUCGGCUAGAGUCUUUGGUAAGAUUACUGGUAAUACGUGUAAUUCAUUUCGAACAAACCGGUUUGCGAUAUAGGUACAAGGCUGGUAUUCCCGUGACGUUGGCGAAGAUCUCUCAGGAUGACCAAAGCUGCGAAGCAACCCUGGUCCCCUAUCCUUGUUGGUCCCUUCAGGAGGAAGGAACUUGCACGGCUCUGCAGAACGUGGUAGACAUUUAUCUGGAUCCUCAGAACAUUCUCUGGGUUCUCGAUACUGGAGUGGUGAACACUUUGGACGAACCUAUGCGAAAGUGUCCGCCAAAAAUCCUCGCUGUCAACGUCGUCACAGGCAAGUUAGUGAAGACCGUAGACCUGACUGGAUUGACGAGUUCGGCGUCCCGAUUGCAAUACCUGGUGUCCGAUUACAGUCAGGACGGCAGAGUGUUCGUCUAUGCGUCAGACGCUGCGUCAAGAGCCAUCCUCGUCUACGAUGUCACUCUAGGUCGAGGCUACCGCGUCGUUUUGCCCCAAGCCGUCGCCAUGGGCACAACCCGAAGAGACGUUUUGUAUCUUGCGCUUCUCCGACGUUCAGACGGGAGCACAUGUUUGAUCUUCACUUAUUUAAGCAGUAGCCGUAUGUUCUCCAUCAGAACGGAACAUCUACGCAGUGGUUCUGCCAAUGGCAAGAUCCACGAUCUUGGUAUGAAACCGAAGAAGAUGAUCUUCUUGGGUACGGACAAUGGCAGCGCCCUUUUCUUCCGGUACGAAGGCGAACCGGAUGUUUACCGAUGGGAUGCGGCCAAUCCAUUCGUUUCACGAUGUUUCGACAAGGUGUACACCAGUGCCGAAUGUUCCCUUGCUACUCAUGUGGUUGCGGAUUACGCGAGAGGGAGGAUGCGCGUGCUUGAAUCGAACUUUCCUGAUUAUAUGCAAGGCUCGGUUGGAUGUGGUGCCACACAGGCGUUGAAUGUUAUGUGAUGUUGAGAAUCGUAGGGUAGGUUUAGCAUUAAAUAAAUUAAAUUCUAACGAAAUAUAUUAUUUUUCUAUUUAUCGUAUCUUUUAUUCUUAGCCUUGCUUCGUCUUGAAAUAUUUAACGUUCAAUAGUUCUGCUGAGAUCGACUGAAAUGUUCCUAGAUUUCCGAUGAUCCUACAUUUUUGUGAAAAGGAAAGAGAAACAAAGGAAUUAAAAAUAUUUAUGCAUACGGUUCGACUGUCGAUUCUAAUCGAUACCGUAAAACUACACAGCAGUCAUUUCUACGGCCGUAUGCGUCGAACAGGGCUAUAAAUCAAGAUGCAAAUCAUUUCGUGAGGCUGACUAUGUAUCCCGUAGCUCGAAACGGUACCAAGGAACUUCGUCGGAAAAAACGGAACCUUUCUCUCUUACAAUCACUCCUUCGUUGCUGCGACCAUGAUUAGUCGGCGUUAGUCGACAACAAGAAACGUUUCCUCUAAAUCGAACGGGCAAUAAUUCACUGGA